UGUAAAAGUAUAGCCCUGAACUGAAGGAAAAAGGAGGUAAAACUGCUCCGGCCUCCGGUGCCGCUGUCACGCACGCUCUGCGGCCGCAUCCGAGCACUAGCCACUACGCUAGGGGAUGUCGGCCCUGGCGGCUAGCCGCCGUCUCCUCCAUCUCCGGCCAAGGCUAGAGCUAUGCCCGCGGUCCCGUCCCCUGAUACCCCGCUCCUCCUGGGCGAAGGGGAUGGCUCGUUUCCGGCGCGAGUCUCCGCGCCGGAACCUCGUGAGCUGCCGACAAGGUGCUUUUGAAGAGGGGAAUGCAGCGAUGGAUGAGGCUAUACGGAGUCCGGACGAACAACUAAGUCAUUCCAAGGAUGGGAAUGGCACAGCCCUGGAUCCCAUUGGAAAGAAAUUUGCCAAUGAGUUUGCGCAGCUUUCGUUGGAAGAGGAGGCGGGCGAUGGCGUGGUAUGCGGAAUUAGUGAAAGUGUGGUGCGAGAUGUGGGGAAGGCUGCAAUUGAAUUGCUUGCUGCCAGAGCAUUCACAGUUUCUGAGCUUAGGAAGAAACUACAAAGUAAGAAGUAUCCAGUUGAUGCAGUUGAUGUUGUGGUUGCUGAUUUCAAAUCAAGGGGUUUGUUGAAUGAUGGUUUUUAUGCGGAAUCAUUUUCGCGAUCCCGGUGGAUAUCAUCAACAUGGGGUCCAAGGCGAAUAAAACAGGCACUUCGCCAAAAGGGUGUGCCAGAGGCAGAAGUAGAUCAGGCAACAAGAAGAGUGUUCCAGGAUGGUCAUGGCCAUGGUAAAGAGGCAACAUAUGGCAUAUCCGAAGCUUCCAUGGGUCAUCUGUUUGCUCAGGCAUCCAAACAGUGGCAGCGUGGGCAAAACUUGACAUUGGAGAAUCGCCGCGGGCGCAUUGUGAGGUGGCUUCAGUACCGAGGGUUCAACUGGGCUGUGACCAAUGCCAUUGUCAGGAAGCUGGAGGCUCAGCACCCUCCUUGACCCUUCUCCAUUGCAAGUUAGUAUGUUAUUUUUGUCUAUGGUUUAAUUAGGGAUGAGUAACUGCUCUAUAUUAUUAGUUUAUGAUAAACAUGCCCAGCCAACAAUCUGAAGAAUACAAGAUCAUUGCUUUAACACCUUAAUUCAGAUAUUUAGUUUGGGAAAUCAGAAUGUGAAAAUCUGACAAAAUGAAUAUCAAUGAACACUUCAAAGUUUCAAGUGAGAAGCUCAGGUGGGUGCUCUACCCUCCAUUGAAUCGCCAGAAAAAGUUUCUCAUAUUUAUAUGAACACAUUAGGAGGAAUAGAAGACAGAUUUUAAUGCUUCAUUACUGUUGCGAUGGUCUGACGGAUCAUUUCAAGAAUCCAUUUUUCUCCUUCACCUCUUAUGCAUCAGCGGUGCUGGGACCUCCGGACGGGCUGGAAGCGCUUGGCGCAUCUGCGGGAGCAUCGGUUGGGCUGGAUGCUGAUGCCGACCCGCUUGGCGCCUCUGAGCUCGACGUGGAGGAGCUGGCACCCUCGGCGAAGGGCGCCACGGCCACAGCGGCGAGGAGGAUCACGACAAGCACGAGAGCACGGGCCAUGGCAGAGAGUCUUGGUGUUUAGGCUUGCGCGGUUGUGAACUGUGGCGCUUGUGUUUCGGUGCUGGUCACUGCGUUUUGUGUUCUUGGCGUGGCCAUUCUGGUUGCUUUAUACGCGAGACUGGUGCCUAUUUUUGGAUGGCGAGUUGGGGUCGCGUUGCGCUGGCAUGUCUCGGGCUUUGGCACCUAGCUCGUCGCGGUGCUUGCCCAAUGAGAACUCGGCCGUUUUUAGAAUCAACCGGUGGUGUAUCCUGACAUGUGGCGACCUUUUUCCUCCAUGGCUCGUGGUUUGCUGUUAUUGUUCUGCCA